CCCAUCUCACCUCUUGACCACCACCAUCCAACGAUCCUUUUGACCCUCCCUACAACAAAAAUGUCAAAGCAGCCUCUCCUCUCUGCACCGACAGCUAACGAUGUCAAGUCACCCCGCGCUCGCGGUCAUUCCGCAAUGGACUUCAAGACAGCCACUACUGGUGUUGCUGCCAAGGCUAUGAGGAACGAGCUCAACCGAAUGAUCAAUGAGGUGGAGAAUCCCAAGGCAAAGAAGGUUUUCGAUGCCGAGAUGCAGUCCUUCUUCAUCCUGUUCAACCGCUACCUUGCGGAAAAGGCAAAGGGCGAGAAGAUUGUAUGGGACAAGUGCAUCGCGGCUGGUCCCGAUCUGAUCAAACCCUAUGCCGAGCUGAAGAAGUCUGUCAAUCCUACCCUUCUCGACAAGCUUGUCGUUCUCAAGCUCAACGGCGGGUUGGGUACGAGCAUGGGUAUGGGUGGUGCCCCCAAGUCCGCUAUCGAGGUUCGCGAAGGCAUGACAUUUCUUGAUCUCUGCGUGAGACAGAUUGAGCACCUGAAUGAAGAGUUCAAUGUCAACGUGCCCUUCAUUCUCAUGAACUCUUUCAACACCGACGGCGAGACCCAGCGGAUCAUUCAAAAGUACGCCAACCACAACAUCCAGAUCCUCACAUUCAACCAGUCACGUUUCCCUCGUGUGGGGCGUGAGACCCUCCUUCCCGUUCCUCGUAGCCCGGUCAGCGACAAGUCCAUGUGGUAUCCUCCCGGCCAUGGUGACAUCUACGAUGCAUUGAGCAACUCUGGCCUUCUUGAUCAGCUCAUUGCCGCUGGCAAGGAGUACAUUUUCGUGUCUAACGUUGACAAUCUUGGUGCCGUUGUUGACUUGAACAUCUACCAGCACAUGAUUGACAGCCAGGCCGAGUUCAUUAUGGAGCUCACAGACAAGACUAAGGCCGACGUCAAGGGUGGUACGCUUGUGCAGUAUGAAGGCAAUGUUCGUCUUCUCGAAGUCGCACAAGUCCCUUCAGAGCACAUUGAGGAUUUCAAGUCAAUUAAGAAGUUCAACACGUUCAACACGAACAACUUGUGGAUGAACCUCAAGGCGAUCAAGCGUGUCAUGGAGAACGACGAGCUCCUUCUUGACAUCAUCGUCAACAACAAGAUCGCCGACUCUGGCGAAGCUGUCAUCCAGCUCGAGACCGCCGUCGGUGCUGCUAUCAAGCAUUUCCGCGGCGCUCACGGAGUAAACGUCCCCCGAAGCCGUUUCCUUCCCGUCAAGAGCACCAGUGAUCUACUCCUCAUCACCUCGGACCUCUACACCCUGGAGCACGGUACCCUGGUGAUGAAUCCUGCGCGUAUGUUUGGUCAGACACCCGUCAUCAAGCUGGGCGACAGCUUCAAGAAGAUCGCCAACUUCCAGAAGCGCUUCCGCACCGUUCCUAACAUCCUCGAGCUUGACCAUCUAACUGUUGCAGGCGACGUCUGGUUUGGGCGUAACAUCACGCUGAGGGGAACUGUGAUUAUUGUUGCUACCGAUAAUGCCCGGAUUGACCUGCCUGAUGGUUCUAUCCUCGAGAACAAGCUCGUAUCGGGCAACAUCUCUAUCAUUGACCACUAAGCAUCGACAGAAUGGAAUGGAACGCGACGCUUCACUUGAAGGCUGGGCAAUGUCACAGGGCAAAAUUCUGAUUCACCCAAUACCGUACUUUGCUAAAAAUUCGUUUUUUUUCUUUUCAAAGCUAAUGAGCAAUUUUCGAAUUCAAAUCAAAGCUAAU